CUAAGAAGAAGACAUCUCCAGUGACUAGCUUAGUUAGCGGCUAACAAGCAGCUGAACUAGCUGCGAACUCCAAAUAUUCUGUCACAAUGGAUGUAAAUCAGACGAAACAGGAGCAUCUACUCGCACUAAAAGUGAUGAGACUGACAAAACCGACUCUCUUCACGAACCUGCCUGUGACGUGUGAAGAUCGAGAUCUGCCAGGAGACCUGUUCGGUCGCCUGAUGAAGGAAGACCCGUCCACCAUCAAGGGUGCCGAGACGCUGAUGCUCGGGGAGAUGCUGACACUGCCACAGAACUUUGGGAACAUCUUCCUGGGCGAAACCUUCUCCAGUUACAUCAGCGUGCAUAACGACAGCAGUCAGGUGGUAAAGGACAUCCUGGUGAAGGCGGAUCUCCAGACCAGUUCCCAGAGGCUCAACCUGUCGGCCUCCAACUCGGCUGUCGCUGAGCUGAAGCCCGAAUGCUGCAUCGACGACGUCAUCCAUCACGAGGUCAAAGAGAUCGGAACACACAUAUUAGUUUGUGCUGUCAGUUACACCACCCAGUACGGAGAGAAGCUCUAUUUUAGGAAGUUCUUCAAAUUCCAGGUACUGAAGCCACUGGACGUCAAGACUAAGUUCUACAAUGCAGAGAGCGACCUCAGUUCUGUGACAGACGAGGUUUUCCUGGAGGCCCAGAUCCAGAACAUCACCACGUCGCCCAUGUUCAUGGAGAAAGUCUCCCUGGAGCCGUCCAUGAUGUACAACGUCACCGAGCUCAACGUGGUGAGCAGCCCUGAGCAUGGAGAGUCCACUUUUGGGAAAAUGUCCUACCUGCAGCCCAUGGACACCCGGCAGUACCUGUACUGCCUGAAGCCCAAACCCGAGUAUGCAGAGAAAGCCGGCGUGAUCAAGGGCGUGACGGUCAUCGGGAAGUUGGACAUCGUGUGGAAGACCAACCUCGGGGAGCGGGGCAGACUGCAGACCAGCCAGCUCCAGAGAAUGGCUCCUGGCUACGGCGACAUCAGGCUCUCCAUGGAGACGAUUCCUGACACGGUGAACCUGGAGGAACCUUUCGACAUUGUCUGCAAGAUCACCAACUGCAGCGAGCGGACCAUGGAUCUGGUUCUGGACAUGUGCAACACCAGGUCCGUCCACUGGUGCGGAGUUUCCGGGCGCCAGCUGGGAAAACUGAGUCCCGGAUCCUUCCUGUCCCUGCUGCUCACUCUCCUCCCGUCCGUCCAGGGUCUACAGAGCAUCUCCGGCCUCCGGCUGACCGACACCUUCCUGAAGAGGACGUACGAGUACGACGACGUGGCCCAAGUGUGUGUUGUCUGUCCGUACACCAGCAAUGAGUCCUGACCCGGUUCGACUGGAGCGGACCAACCAGGACUCUGCUGCAGCCCAGAACCGCACUGUGAUUUCCUCCUGGAGCGAGCGAGUCUCGUAAAUCGUGUGUCAGUGAUGUAAAGCUUGUAAAUGUUCUUAAUAAAUGACCUGUUCAGACCUCUGGACACAUCGAGCACCACGUGACCCGACGGGUCACCAGAAGCUUCUCUGGGUCUUGUUCAUGACUCAGUGGCGCAGUGUCUUCAGACGGAAGUGAAGAACGAGCUGAGCCAAAAGACGAGGAGAACCGUAGAGAAUCACGGCUCCUCUGAGAGAAGGAUCCUGUCAGGAUGUCUCCCGGACCAGCGAGGUGAGGAGACCCGUCGUUUGCUGGUGGUCCAGCUGUCGAGAUGGUGAACUUGGUUUCUUAAUCGUGAAAAUAAGACCAGUGGAAUAAA